AUGCAUUUUGGUCUCGGAUUGUUUCUGCCACCAUUAUUAGGUUACAAUUCUCGUUUUUCUUCCUUGUCUAAAUCAUUAUUAUCUUGUUCUGCUGCUGGGUUUGUUCACAUUCCAAUAUAUGAUCAGAACCCAACAGAUGGAUCUGUUCCUCAUUUCUCAUGGAUUCAUCCUGGAAACUUCUUUUCAGCAACUAAGAUCAGCUUAAACACUUUCCAAGCAAGUCAGAUCGAUCUCAAACCUGCUCUGAUCCCCGUUCCCUUCCAAACAAUCACCACUUCACCAUCACCAACUGAGCCUGAAAAGAACCAUAAGCCUGCAACAACAAAGCCCAAGAAAAGGAAACCGCCUACCAAGUGUUUGAAAAAUAUCUCUGACGAUACUCUAACUCCCAAACAGCCAAAAAUGAGACCAGGUUCUAAGAAACCUAAGAAAUCGCUUGAACCAGGAACAACAAUUGAGAGAAAGAAUCUCAACAUUGUUUUUCCUGAGGCUAGUAGUAUAAAUUUCUCGGGUGUUCCUUCUCCUUAUUGUUCGUGUACUGGAAUUGCUCGCGGAUGCUACAAAUGGGGUGCUGGCGGUUGGCAAUCUUCUUGUUGCACAACAAAUAUGUCUGAAUAUCCACUUCCGAUGAGCUCGACUAGGCCUGGUGCUAGAAUGGCUGGUAGGAAAAUGAGUAAUGGAGCUUAUGGGAAACUGUUGUGUAAAUUUGUGGCUGAGGGUGGUGAUCUUUCUCACCCAAUUGAUUUGAAGAAUAAUUGGGCGAAACAUGGGACUAAAAAGUUUGUUACUAUUAAGUAG